CCGAGAACAGCUCACCAUCAUCUUAGGCAGCCUCAUCUACCCAAUUGCUGUCAUAUCUCUCAGUUUCACCCGGAAGUUCAUCGUCAACCUCCAACAGCAGCCGAGUACUUGAAAAACAGUGGGACGACAACUUUGAAAUUCCAUGGAGUAAGUUUCCUGAGGAAGUGAUGCAUUAUCUUGAGAGGGGAAAAAGGCCAGGCCCAAAACGGAGGAGGCAAAUGGUCCGGAUUGUUGUGACUGAGAUGAUGGAAAAAUGCCCUCAUGUAGGCAAAAAGCAUUCAACUGACGUUGCAAAAAAAAUGGUCGCAAAAUAUCCACAUUCUCUCCAAGAUGUAAUAGUGGGCGAUAUUGUUGGAGCAGGCUACCUUUCCCUUGUCAAACAGUUGCAAAAUAGAAUCGAAAAUGCGAGGCGCACUUCAACACCCAAGAUAAGAAAAAGAAAACAUCAGACUGAUGACUCAGUCGACACAGACGAGAUCCCAUUGGAAGAGAGAGCAGCAAUGCAGGACACGUAUGGAUGCAUUAAAUGGAAUGUAGAAUUUCUGCCCCGUGAAGAAACUCCAGAGAGCCAGCAGCAAAAGAUGGAAAAACUCAAGGUGAUGUUCCAACACUCUGAUGCCAAUCCAGAGGAGGUAAAAUGUUUAAUGAAGUCCACUUUUUACACUCAGAGACAACAUGUCAACCUGGGAAAAAGUAUCAAAAGCCUUAGAGAGGAGUGGCCGUUUUGCUUUGAUGAACUCGGCAUGUCAGUUCACUUCAAGGAACUGACUGGGAUUAACCUCAAAGAGACAUUCACACAAAAUUUGGAUUUGAAGGGAAAAAGGCUUCUCGACUACAUGGCCACAGUUUGUGUCAGCAAGAGAAAGUUUCUUCAGACUUAUGCAAGGCUUCAGAGAAUGCGGGGACAGCAGAGUGGCUGUUCAGAUGACGUGAAAAAGAUGCUCCUGCUUCUGCUCAGCUACUUUGAUGAGAAGGAGGAGUCCAUGUUCUUCCAUGUAGAAGAUACAUGUCUGGCAGAAGAGGUCCAACUGGAACAAGUGCCUCUGACACCCACUGUCAUUGUCUGUGGACAGUCCUGCUAUUCCUCAACAAGGUACAUGCUGAGCCUGGAUCGGAACCUCGUCAACACAAACAUCUCCUCCUUCAUUUCUGCAUUGUGCCUCAUGUUCGGGAGCUACUACAUUUUCAACAUCCAUUAUCCAACUGAGCUGGCUUCAACUCUGGAGUUCCUUCAAAGGUGUUUCUUCUCGAUAAACCCAGAAAAAGGAACCAAAGUAGAGAGUAAAAACAGCAAGCGUCGUCUCAACCUGAACCCUCCAGUCCUCACCCUGAUACAGGAUCUCUCCGAUCACGAGUGGCGUCAAGCCUAAAUAUGGACUCUAUGUGGACUCUGACUGUUUGUUUGAGAAGAGGUACUUUUAGUUUUCGCUUUGUUAAUCCAAAAUGUGUAUUAUGGUAAUUAAGGCACACUGUAACUUUUCCUGGUAGAGGGUCCGCCACAUGCUUUUUUCAUUGUGUUAUUGCUUUGUAGUUAUGUUCCAGGUUGUUGUUUUUUACGGUGAAGAACUGUCUUACUGCUGUGUUUCUAGAUGGCUUGUUUAGGUUUGUUUCCUUACAGUUGGUUUUCCCCCGAUGUGUUCUAUGUCCCACGGGCACGGACGUGGUGACAUCCUAUACAGCAGGGUGCAUAUUGUAUGGGGACGAUUCCGAAACAUAAAUAUAUUAUGUAGCUAUCUCAAGUUAAUACACACACACACACACACACACACACACACACACACACACACACACACACACACACACACACACACACACACACACACACACACACACACACUCCCAGUGUGUUAGUCGGGACACUUCCAGUGCUAUAAGGCACCGAUCAUUUUCGGCACAUUAGGCCACGUUUUAGAGGGAUCUAAGCCUAAAUGUGGACUCUGUUUGUUUGAGAAGAGGUACUGUUAGGUUUUGCUUUGUUAAAUCCACAAUUUUUAUUAUUGUUAUUAAGGCAAAAUAUGUCAUUUCUGUUUUAAAGUCUUGCAAUAUGUACAGGUGCACUAUGUAAUUUUUAUCUGACAUCUGCUUGUUUCCAUUUUGUAUAUGUUGGAAAAAAAAAAACAUCCAAUUGUUUAUUGCCGAUGGCUGGUAAAUACAUUUCCCAAAAGGGAUAUUUUCCUCUCUUGUCUUUUCUCAAAAUGUAAUUUUGCAUGCUUUGCAGCAGGAGUAUUGGUAAUAAUUUUACAGGUGUAUAGGUAAAUUUUACAUUAUAACUUGAUUAUUCAAACAUAAAAAUACAGCAUAUUAUAAAUAGAUUUUAUGUAUAAUAUACAGAACAGCACCAUUUAAAAUACAAAGUUUUACUGCUGUUCUACCAGUUUAGAUUUGUUUUUUGUAUGAUAUUUCCCUGUUAAAUUUACCAUUUAUUUAUGCAUAAGCAAUUAUUGCAUGUAAAAAAUACAGGAAAUAUUCUUUUUAUAUACAACACUAAUGCAAAAUUAACAAAACAUUUUUGUAGAAUAAACAGUUUUUUAAUGUGAUUCAGCCGUGAUUUAUUUCACUGUAAAUCAAUUUACAUAUUUCGUUGGUUAAGUUAUCUACUGUGCUGCUGUAUUUUUUACAGGAAUUCUCUGGUAACCACAGCUGCCAGCGAUUCCCUGUAAAAAAUACGAUUUUUUUUUUACAGUGCAUGCUAUAGUCCAGCCCAUUAUCAAAAAACACAACCUCGACCCCUCUGUUCUCUCCAGCUUUAGGCCUAUCUCUAAGCUUCCCUUCCUCUCUAAAGUGUUAGAAAAAGUGGUUUUAGAACAACUGCAGCUGAACCUGGAUCUUAAUGACAUAACAGAAAAGUUUCAGUCUGGUUUUAAAUCACGCCACAGCACAGAAACUGCACUUUUAAAAAUCUUUAAUGAUAUUCUUUUAAUUGUUGACUCGGGGAGUUCUGCUACGCUCGUGCUUUUAGACUUGACUGCUGCCUUUGACACAGUCAACCACCAGAUUAUUUUAUCCCGCCUGGAACUCUGUGUUGGUAUUACUGGAAAUGUCCUAAAAUGGUUCAAGUCAUAUCUGUCAAAGAGAACCUUCUCUGUUCAUCUUGGCCAGUACGCCUCAGCUGGAGCCCCACUAGUCUGUGGGGCUUCUUAUAUCUGCUUCCCCUAGGUUCCAUUUUUAAAAAACACAACAUUUCGUUCCAUUGCUUCGCAGAUGACCUACAAAUCUACCUGCCGUUAAAAUCAAACAAGGACUCCACAAAUGCAUUGUCAAACUGUCUGAAAGAUGUGAAAACCUGGUUUGAACUUAACUUCCUAACACUAAACAAUAAUAAAACCGAAAUAAUUGUUUUUGGCAAAUCCGAACUACUGGAUAGCAUCUACAGUGUUCUUGGUCCCCUUGCCUCCUACAGCCGCCCUUUUGUCAGAAACCUCUGAGUUAUUUUCGACAAUGGUUUUAAAUUUAACAAGCAAAUAAGCUCAGUCGUGAAGACAAGCUUCUUCUAGCUGCGACUCCUAGCGAAAGUAAAGCCGUAUCUCCCACCAAAGGACUUUGAAAGAGUCAUUCACCUGUUCAUAAUGUCCCGUCUAGACUACUGUAAUUCGCUUUACUUUGGUGUGGACCAAUGUCUGCUCCGUCGCCUGCAACUGGUCCAAAAUGCUGCUGCACGUCUCCUCACUGGGAAAAGGCGAUAUGACCACAUUACCCCUGUCCUGGCCUCUCUUCACUGGCUUCCUGUGGUUUUUAGAAUUAAAUUCAAAAUCCUGUUGUUUACUUUUAAAUCUCUACAUGGGCUGACACCUAAAUAUAUGUCAGAGCUGGUCUGCAUCCAUGCUCCAGCUAGAGAAAUUCGGUCAGCUCAGCAGGUGCUGCUGGAUGUACCUAGGUGCAGACAAAAAACAAAAGGCGACAGAGCCUUCGCUGUGGCCGCUCCUAAUCUUUGGAACAUUCUCCCCCCGAGUCUGAGAACUGCCCAGUCUAUCAACCAGUUCAAAACGCAACUAAAGAUCCACUUUUUUACAUUGGCGUUAAAUACAGAUUAAGAUUUUAUUUCAUCUUAUUCAUUGUUGUUGCUAAUAUGCAAUUUUAAGCCUUCUUGUUUUUUGUUUUGUUUUUUAUAUUGUAUUUGUGUACAGCACUUUGGUCAACUACUGUUGUUUUAAAAUGUGCUACAUAAAUAAACUUGACUUGACUUGUUCAAGAAUGAGCAGUGCUAUUUUCAGAACAGGCCUGCGGGCCCUUCAUAUGGUCCUUGCUGGCGCCCUGGUUCCCGCGGGCACCGUGUUGGUGACCCCUGCAAUAGUAUAUGUGGUAUAAAGGCUGGGAUGAAUUUCAAAUUAUAAAUAUGUACACUUAUGUUGAAAGAAUAGGCCGUCGCGAAUCCUAUUGAAACGAAUGGCGCGGUGAUUCGGUCUUCAAAACGAGAGCUGGUAAAUUGUGGAAAAUGAAUUAAACGGUAAUCAGACAACGCAGUUAUAUAUAGACCGUACCUGUUGUUUAAAGGCUGGGACGAAUUUCGAAUACAAUGAGUACAAUGCAUAACGUUACCUCUCUGGCUCAUAGCUGAGAGCGCUAGAAUACCUCCCCUUGCCAAGGCGUAUUUACUGGAGGAGUUAACAACGUUUCUGUUGCAUAAGAACCUUAUGAUUGGCAAUGAUUGUUCCAGGUAUUGUAAACCCUCAGGCAUUACCAGGUCCAGGUUAACAAAGUUAUGGCUUGUGAAAAACGUUAUAUUUGAAUGGGAAAAAAUUUUAACGCUCCCUCAGGAAUGAAUAAUCGAAUAUUCUGACCCAUCCCUACUUUAAAGUGGUCCAGGAGGAGGUGUUUCAGGUCCCUGAUGACCCAUGAGAUGUUCUCCAGCCGGUGUUGGAGGUGGAGGUUCUCCUCUUUCAGCGUGCAUAUGGUCUCCUGGAGCUCAUAGAAGUACCAAACCGUUGGGAUGUGGAACACCAGGCACCAAACUGCAGCCCUCUGCACAGUGAAUUCCCAGCUGUUCUCCCUAGAGGACAUGCUGACAGGCGGUUGGGAAAUAAGAUAAACUAAGCCUUGGACUCUGCCUGAGCCUUCUCUUUGCUUAUGUCCCCUCUGCCCACACACUCUGACUAACUUUGAAUGUUGUUCCAAAUGGUUUAAAUAUGACACUUACGUAGGUAGGCACAUCAGGUAGAAACCGGCCUGUAAUCAAUAUUAGGGAUACAUUGGUUGUAGGCUACAAACCAUUGGGCAGCACUCAAACGAUCAAUAGUUCUUUUUACCAUCCAUUCACCUCUAAGGUGAAAGGCAGCGAUAGCCCGGUGGAUGUCUAAUCUGAAAUGCUGAUCUUUAGAGUUGCUUGCGAGCCUUGCGUUAUGCUUCUUAUCUUUACAAAAACUAAAAGCAUUGCACACAGUUUACGACAGACAGACAGACAGACAGACAGACAGACAGCUAGCCAGCCAGACACAGAUAUAAUACAUACAUACAUACA